AUGUUUCUUCUUGUUCAAUUGCUUUUUCUAUUUUAUUUUAUAAAAUCUAUAAAGUCUAUUGAUUGUUUUCAAUGUGUUGGUGAUUAUGAAGGGUUACGAUGUACGCAGCCAUGUAAAGGAGAAGUGUGUGUCAUUUGGAAAUGGAAAACAAAAUCUGAGCUUUUGCUUCAGCAAGGAUGUUUGACAGGUGUGGAAAGACGAUUCACGGCACGAAUUGGUUGCCGAACUAACACUUUGGGAGCUACUCUCUGUGUUUGCAACGAUGGUGAUUUAUGUAAUCGGAUAGAGCGAACUGAAAAUGCAAUUAGAAGCUUACCUGCUAUCUCGACACCCAAUGUUGAGUGUUCCAGUCGUAUUACCGGAACUGAUCUCUAUGCAUCCAAAAAGAUUAACGUAUGCAACUCAAAUUACUGUCAUAUGAUGAAAACAGAAAUAUUCUAUGAUUCUAUGGCUCCUGAUGUCAUCAGCGUUUACAAUUGUGCGGAUGUUGCGGAAUUCGAUUUCGAUGUUCGUCUCAAGAACAGCGUGAACUUUCCGGGGUUAUAUCCCAACGGCUGCUAUAAAAUCCAAAUCCAGCCGAAUGAGGCUACAACGGAUUGUACAUGCUCUAAGAACAACUGCAACACUGGAAUUCCAGUAGUAUCUUCUGGACCUGUUCGAUGUUAUGUUGGAGAUAAUUUCGAGAAUGACUCAACAAUUGACGAGGGGAUGUACUGUAACGGUGAUUACUGUUUCCUUCAGAAAAUGAAUGACAAAUAUGUGAAAGGCUGUCUAUCUGUGAACGAAAGAAACACUUGGAGUCAUAUUAAGAUUGGCUACCGUCACAUCGUUGGUACUGAUCAAUGGCUUUGUCAGUCGCAUCUAUGUAAUAUGGAUUUCCAUAAAUGGAAUCGUUCCAUCACUCCACUUCUAAGUCCAUUGAGCUACCGCUCUAAUCAUUCAAUGAAAUGUUUGUCAUUAUCCUUAUUAUUUAUUAUAUUAUUUAUAUUUUACAAUUGA